AUGAUUCCCGGAGGUGCGGGCAGCGGCGUGGAGCCUGCGUACCCGAGAAGUGGACUGACACAUCCGUACAUGGACUCCGUGCCCACUAGCAGCGUACCCGGAAUGUUCUCUUCGUAUACUGGUAGGUCGACAUUUAGCGCAGGCAUCGGAGAGGGCGAUAUUGCCGGCGGCGGCGGAGGUACGCGAGUUGCUUCGGCAGAAAGCUCUCCUUCAGAGAAUGAGGCUUUCACCAAGGAGGAUCGGAUGCUGCUUCGGCUGCUCUACCACCAGCAGCAAGCCAUCCAGGUUCAGCUGAACACCAUGACGGAGUGGAUGCAGCAGGUGAACUAUCGCAUCGCAUCCCUCGAGCGGCUCUCCCGCCACACGCGCCCGGUCACGGCUUUCGGGGCAACCUCUAACCUUACCGCGAGCGCGGCACCGCCACCAUCCCGUAGCACCUCCGCGGCGGAGGGCUACGGCACCGUGGCAGGCCAACUUCAAGGCGCGCAGCUCUACUCGUCAUCCCCGGCGCUUAGCGCGAGAGACGCACCUCGGCCGCAGGCAGGCUCUGCACCGGCGAGCGUCUACAGCGGACAAGGCCUUCACCAGCAUGCUACCUCGAGUGCGCCGCCCUUGUCGAGCGUUUUGGAGAGUUCCCGUGCCUGUACCCCGCCAUCUGAGCAGACGAGGCACCAGACUGGCGGGGCGGGCGGUGGCAGUGCUGUACCGAGCACGACCCGCUCCUUCGAGUCCGCCAUGGCGCAGCCCUGGGACCCGCACAACACUUCUCUGCAAUCUGCUAGUGGUGCGGGGGUUCACAGCCGCACCUCCUCGCACACGAGCGCGCUGGGCCGUCGUGCGAACCCUCUUUUGAGCUCGUCCGCCACCAUGAGCAAGCUGCCCACGUCGACCUCGCGGCCGAACUGGGGUGACCCUAAGCAACUCUCACGGCUGGACGCAUCUGUACCAAGCGGCACGGCGCAAACAUCAUUAUCGAGCGGCCUAACCUCACUCGACACACAACAGCCGCCGCCAUCGCAGCAGCAGCAGCAGAGUCGCCAGCCGCCCGUCGUUAGCCCACCUACCGCGGCAGCGGUCCCGUACGGAUCGUCUCCUCUGUACAUGCCAGCCGACGCCGUCGUUCCGCCGUACCGUCGGAUGCCGCCGGAGCCGACGACACGUCAAUCCCAUAGUCGAGCUGCAGCCGCGGUCCCAGUAUCCACCGCCACGGCCAGUCGCGCACCUCCUGCCUCCAGUGGCACCGUGGACGCAUCACUCGCAGCGUCUGGCCGGGAGGGAACGUUGCCACCUGCGCAGAGCAGCAGUAUGGCGUCGAGUAGCAACCACGGCGACGCACGAGGGCGCGCCGCCACCGGGACUACAGCUGUGGAGGGGUCGCGGGAGGUGAGGGCCACCCACAGCGGCACAGGCGUUAGCCAUGGAGACCCGCGCGCGGCCCCCGAUCCCGCAGGUGGGGCUGGUCGAGCUGCUCGCCCGCAUGAUGGGGGGACGCGUUUGCCCUCCGCGUCGAACGACGACUCGCUCAGCGAUGGCUAUGGCAGCUAUGAGUCUCGCAUGUACAUGAAGAAUUUGGGGCUGUUGUGA